AUGAUCCUACGCCAUUUGCGCUACAUCAAAAACUUGAUCACAACGAAAAAAAUGAAGAACGUGGUGACUAUAGUGGGCACCACUGGCGUGGGAAAGUCGCAAUUCAGCAUAGAAUUGGCCAAAUCUAUCAAUGGCGAGAUCAUCAAUGCAGACUCCAUGCAAGUUUAUCGUGGAGCCCCGAUCAUCUCCAACAAACAUCCUUUGGAUGAGCGUGAAGGAAUUGCUCAUCACGUCAUGGACCAUAUUCCGUGGAACGAGGAGUAUUUCAUUCACAGGUACAGCGCUGAGGCGGUAAGUGCCAUUGACGACAUACAUGCAAGAGGGAAAACGCCGAUCAUCAUAGGUGGGACUCACUACUACUUACAGAACUUGCUAUUCAAGAACAAGACAAUCGGUGAAAAGGAAGAGAAGGAAAAGUUGAUUCCCCUCACCCAGGAGCAACAAGACUUGCUCGACGGGCCCGUCGAAGCUAUUUUCGAGGCUCUUACUAAUGUAGAUCCUGUCAUAAGUGAGAAAUUCCACCCGAAAGAUACGCGAAAAUUGAGAAGGGCAUUGGAAAUCUAUUACACCACGGGACAAAAGCCGAGCGAAAUGUACCACGAGCAGAAAUUGGACGAGCUUGAAGAUACUUCCUUGAAAUACAACACGCUUCUUUUUUGGAUAUAUUGCGACCCCGAGAUUUUGAAGCUGAGGCUAGAUCAGCGAGUUGACAGCAUGAUGGGGGCUGGUGCUUUGGAUGAGAUUCGUGAACUAAAUCAGUUUUAUGAAAGCCAAACACUGCCCCCAGACAUGACUAAGGGUAUUUGGCAAGUCAUAGGGUACAAAGAGUUUCGGCCAUGGUUGACUGGAGGACAGACCGAUACAAAAUUAUUUGAAGAGGGCGUGGAGAGGAUGAAGAUACGAACUAGGCAAUAUGCCAAGUAUCAGGUGAAGUGGAUUAGAAAACUCUUAGGUGUUGAGCUCAACAAAGAGUCACGUUUUGGGUUCAAAUACGGUGGGAAAAUGUACUUGCUUGACGCGACUGAUUUGAGCAAAUGGGCAACGGACGUGCGGGCCAGAGGCUUGUCCAUAGUCGACCAAUUCAUUGCGAAGGGGCCUCUUGGUGUCACGGAGGCUCAAGCACCUGAGAAAUUAAGAGAAAUCUUUCCUUCGUCGGAAUUUUAUGAAGAGUUCAACAGCAACAAGACCAUCAAGGCUGUAGAAAACUGGAAGCAUUUUGAGUGUCCAGUUUGUAAGGAUUCACAGGGAAGCCCCUUAGUGGCCGUGGGUGAGGAUAACUGGAGCAUUCAUCAGAAGAGCAGGCGUCACAAGAAGCAGAUCAGCUAUAAUCAGAACAAGAGAAAACACGAGGAGCUACUAAAGAAAUAUAAGAAGGUCAAGGAGGAUAUCCUGCAGUGA